CGUCUCAUAGAGCCGUGCAGCGGAAGAAUUCGAUUCAGUUGCCGGAUUAGUGUGACUCAAACUGAAUCAGACGUUCGCUCCUAUCAAUCAGUAAGGAUAAGUUAUUCGUGUUUUAUGCUCAACAUAAGUUUCUGUGUGAGGAUCACUUGAAGGUGAUUUCGCUUGAUGAUGAAAGGACGAACCGUUCUGGCGAGACUGUAAAAUUGUUGUUCGGUAGUAAAAUGGUAACUCUAUACAAAGCAUUGCUGAUAAGCUUGGUUGUUAUUGUGGACCUUAGUCAUAUUCAUGCUAAUGAUCAAUAUUUCCAACUCAAUUCACCGUCCGGUACGUAUAAUUACGGAUACCCCUUGACACCGAAAGGCAAUUUUCAUCAUGAGCGUCGUGAUCAGAAUGACGUUACGUACGGCUGUUACGGCUAUGUCGACCCUAAAAAAAGGCUCCACGUGACACACUACAUAUCAGACCGGAUGGGCUACCGCGUUGUGGAACCGAAUAAGCCUCUUCUCGUAUUCCUGACGGAUCGUAUUUCGUUGCAAGCAUUCUUGCUUCCUAAAGGAUGUGGGCUACUUCCCGCAAACAGUCCAAGUAACUUAGGACCGGAGCUCAUCUACAAGCCUCCGGGUAUCACUAAUUGGACCACCAAACGACCAUCAACGACAACUCCGAUUAGCAGUACGACCAAGAAACCUGUUACUUCGCCUCCAUGCUCGUGUUCACAAGCGACAACGACGGAACCUUCACCCGUAUAUACAAUUGGAACUUCAAAACCACCAUCAGCAACAGUUGGGCAUUCAACCACGCCAUCCACAAUUACCCCUGCUUAUCAAACGACGACUACACCAAAGCCAUCAGAUCCCCUCAUUGACGUUGACUUGAAUGUCAACCUCUUGAAGCCGACCCAGUACAUGUACCGGCCGAACGAUCAUCCAAACGAGCAUAUCCGCAUCACCAGGGCGAUCUCCAGUGAAAACUCAACGCUUCCACGAAUCUACUACGUUCCUUACCAGAACCACCAAGCGCCACCACCGGGUGUUCAAUCAACGUCACCUCCCGGCAAUUGUGCUUACAAUUACGGUUAUCUCGGAUUGGCACCGGUAAUCUUUGUUCCAAUCGGUGUGGCACAACCGCUUGGACUGGUGUCGCCGCAUCUGACGGGAAUUACUUUGCGGAAGUUUGCUAUGAACGAUGCGGGAAAUUUAACUCUUACCGAAGUGCUGGACGACAAGGGCCAACCAAUUCCGUUGGACUACUCCAAUGCGCUUCGAGGCAUCAUCAAUAGCGGCGAUUUUGACUCGCUCAGACGUGGAUGUUAACUAUUCGAAGGGCAAUUACAAUAUGAUAAUAUUAUUGUAACAUUAUAUGAAAAUAAAAUAUUAGAUUCCUAAUAUUUUCAUGCUGCACCACAAAAUUGAAAUGAGAGAACCGUAUCACAAUAGGUGGAAUACUUGAUUGAGUUAGCAUAAGGUUCAAUCUGUAGUGUCUACUCGAAGGUUAACUAAAUAUGUUGAAAGAGAUACGUUGAGAGGUAGAGAUCGGAGAGAGGUGUGAGCGUGAGAAAGAUUAGGCUCAGGUUUCUGAAGUCGGGAAGAAAGCGAAUAAAUCUGUUCUGUUUAGACCAUCAAUUUAAAAGGUUAACUUU